AUGUCUCCCGCUUACAAAAUACUCGGAAUGUCCGUGAAGCCCCAUAUAUUGGCCAUUGGGACACUGGCAGCCACGGGAGCCGGUGUUUACUUUGGACUCGGAAGUAAUGGUCAGCAAGAGAAAGGCCCGGUUGCAUCUGAUUCGGUCAGGGACGGCGAGGAAAUCAAUGUUGAAGAGGUGUUGAAGGAGUUUCUUGGUAAAGAUUCAAACGUUGAAGAGAAAUAG